UACGACCAAGUGGAUAUCAUUGUCUCAUUAUCGAUUCUGUAGUGAACACACAGCAAUCUAGUAGCCAGUCAUCGCAUAACGAUCACUGAAACGCGUCGUUCACUAACUUAAUUGAAUUUCUUCCCCUCAAAACUUAUUUGUGUUUGCAUCGAAAAUGGCGUUCCGUUUUACGUCCUUAAUCGCUUUCGGUUGUUUAUUACUCGCUGCCGCUUCGCCAAUCAGUGCUGCUGCCAUUGAUAAUUCUGUGGCUGAGCCCCGCAUUCGCAAUACGGAUGAGCUGCUCACCACCAUUGUGGAUAAGUGUUUCCAUGCCAAUGGACUGUAUUGCUUGAAAGAGAAAGUUUUGACCUAUUUGGAUGGUGUGGCCGGUGUUGAGGAGGAUAUUAGUGGACGCGCUUUCAACGAGGAUGUCAUUGAUAAGGUGAUCGUGGAUCGUGUUGGCAGAAUCCUAAACAACAAUGAAUUCCGCAUGCGCUUGCCCGAAACCGGAUUCGGCAGCUCGGUCGUCAGUUAUAGCGCCGCUCGUGGUUUUGACGUGGAAGUGCCUGAAACUGGAGCUCGCGGCGAAAAGAAGAAGGACAAAUUGCUCCUCCCUCUGUUGUUGCUCAUGAAACUGAAAUUGAAGGUCGUCAUGCCAAUCCUACUUGGUCUGAUUGGACUCAAAGCAUUCAAGGCUUUGAUUUUGUCGAAAAUCGCUAUCAAACUGGUACUUGGCUUCCUUAUUUACAACUUGAUCACCAAAUUGUCCGGCGCUAAAAUGAUGAUGAUGCCCGCACCCAUGCCAGCGGCCGAAUACGGUCCACCCAGUACUACCGCCUCCUCAUACGAUCCAAGCAGCUGGGAACCAGCUAGCGGUGGUCCAUAUGCCCGUUGGGACUCACAGAACCUCGCUUACAGCUCAUACCACCCAAGCUCCAGCUCAUACAACUCCGGCUCCAGCUCCACCGGCUCAUCGUCCAGCUACAGCUCAUCAUCGUAAAUAAAUGCAAACCACGGCAGGACUGGAAUUUUUAUUCCAGAAGAUUCUUACCAUUAUUAUGUGGAUUUAAGUCCACAAUAGAGGAGAUCAUUACAAAAGAGCACACCAACCUGUACAUAUCUAUACAUAGAAAAAACUGAAAAACAAAGAUAAGACAUUACAAUAUCGAAAAAUCGGAAACUAGGAAAAUGAAAUGACUAAGACAUACGCUGAACUACCAUUUAAUCCAUGUAGUAUAUUUAUUAAUUGUAAUUUAUUUUUAUCAUUUUAAGGAUUUAGUCAUUCUAUUUUUUUCAAGUUUUGUACUACGCUUUCACUUUUCCAACUUUCACUAUAACACUAUCUCUACAUUCUCAUUUUUUAACUAAACUUUUUACUUUGACUAUGUUCUAUUAAGUUUCUACCUUUUUUCGAAUUUCUUCUACUUCUUUUAUACUCUUUCUUUUUCUCUUAAUUCUGCAUUUAACUGUUUCUUUUGUUAAAUAUUUA